AUGCCCUGGUCCAAAGAGAAGGACUUUCGCGAGAAGCUCUCCAAGCUGUCCGAGUCACAGCAGAGCAUCCAGACGCUGUCGCACUGGGUCGCGUUCCACAAGGCCAACGCGGCCCACGCGGCGAACGUCUGGGCGGAUGAGGCCCAGCGGGCGGCCGACCCGCACCGGCAGCUGCUGCUGGUGUACCUGGCGAACGACGUGAUGCAGAACUCGCGCCGCAAGGGGACGCCCUGCGCCGACGCCUUCGCCUCGCAGAUGGCGACCGUCCUGCCCGCCGCCCACGCCGCCGCAACGCCAACGGUGCGAGCAAAGCUGGAGCGGCUGCUCUCGAUCUGGGAGGAGCGCGCCGUGAUGCCCGCGCCGCAGGCGGCCGGCACUUGCGCCCGCCCCCACCGGCGAAGACACGCUGAGCCGUGGUACGGCUCCUACCGGCAUAGCCGCGAGGGGCGCGAGUGGCGCGCCCGACUGCGGGGCGCAGUCGAGGCGCUCGCCUCCCAACAGAACGACCAGCGCACAGCGCCAUGGGACGUCUCUUCUUCUCAGAACAAGGCUGUGUACUAG